AUGGAAACCUACGCUCUGGGACACUUUGGUGGGGAGGGAACGAUGAAUGAUUUGCUUUCAUCCUAUCCAGCAUCGGAUCGAGAGCUGGCGGUUAGCUUUGACGAUGUAAAUCCAUCCCCGACGAGAAGAAGCAUUAGCUCUGCAUCGGAGGGUGAACCACGCACAUCGGAGAGCACUUAUGUAGGACGAAAUACGAAUGCUAGGAAGCUAAGUUUUGAAUCAACCGGUGUAAAUACGGAUGAUGAGGCUCCCAGUAUACCACCUAUAUCCAUACCGAGUCUAGGGAUCGACUAUGGUGAGGAUGAUCAGCCAAUCUCAUAUAGGACGUUUGCUAGAUAUCAUGUCCCUGUGCAUUCCAUCGUAAAUGAAGUAGCAUCAACCGUUACGGAGCCUCCAGAAGUCAAUAGUAAUGAACCACCAAAUGUGCCUCCCAAAGACUCGCCCUCAAGGUCGCUCUCCUUUGCACCAAGGCAAAGACCACCAAUAUUAAUACGGCCACUUGCAUUGGAUACUCGCAACCUAAUAGAUACCAAGGACGAAGGAUCGCCUUCUACCACACCGUCACCAUCAGAAACACCCAUGUCGCCAAACACUUUACUACGAAGGCAGAAUGCCAUGACGAGACGGAAACGCUUGCAAUUGCAAGAUGUCCGAGUCAGUAAAACCCCUAGUCCAGAUCUAGAUGCUAGUAGUAACAGCGGAGGAGAAACGAGUCCGAAAACAAGAGUUUAUUCGCUAAUGUUUGAGGACUUCCCCCAUACCAUAUCAACACACGAGCCUAUUCCACCAUCACGACUUAGUAGAGCUCGAACAUAUAGUCCUGGUGAAGCCCAUAUAAGGAUCGCACCAGCUUUCAUACCAAAGCAUCGUACAGAUAACGAGUCGUCGCAUGAUGGUGAUCGUCAGUCCAUAUCUAGUUCCACUACUGUGGUGAAACGACCAACCAUGCCACGUCGGUCUACAUCACUCCCGAUUAGACCACCAGUACCUCUACCUAGGCCUCCAUCAUCAGUAUUCACCACAGACUCGCUGCCGUCGGAAUUCGGUAGUGAUGCAACAUGGACCAGAUCGUCUCCCACAAUGUACAGUACAGGUUCUAGCACUAAUUUGGACUCGUCUUCAAGCUCGACGAAUAAAAACAUGUCUGAGGAAGAGUAUACGGCUGUAAAGAGAGCCAUGGCUAGACGAGAACUGUUGGAUACUGAGAGAGGUUAUGUACAUGAUUUGAGGCAUCUUGUUGAGUACUGCUUUGAACGGCUGAUGUUUGCACCAUGGUUGUCAUGGCAGGACAAGGCUGCCAUAGUAAAGUGUGGUAGACCUCUUCUUGAAGUGCAAAAACGCUUUUUGGAUACUCUUGAAACAGCAUUCAAAGAUUCAGAAGAUAAUGAAACCGGUGAAGUUGCUAUAGCUCAUGUGUUUAUCACCAUGGCUGGCCAGUUUGGUGUGUAUAAGCAAUAUUGUACAGAGUAUGAUGGCACCCUGCAGCUACUAUCAAAAUAUGCCAAUUCUGUUGAAUUGAUGUCGUUUACGCAAGAUUUUCGGAUGUUGGCUCAGACACGGUUGGGGUUAAGAGAUUAUCUUAUUAAACCUGUUCAAAGGAUUUGCAAAUACCCAACUCUCCUAUCCGAGCUGAUACGGCUUACACCAACAACAGCUUCUGAAUAUAAUGCCCUCAUUCUGGCUCGAGUCACUAUGCAAUCUAUUGCAGGUGAAGUAGACUCUACGAGGCGCUUGAUUGAGAAUACGCAACGGUCUGAACGGUUAUUGCGCCGUCUUGGAGCUGAUGCAUCUCUCUUUGUACCUGGCUUUGGAGAAGCAGAAUAUCCAGGAGAAAAUAUUGGUGUCAUGUCUAAAGGAGGUGGAUGUUGGGUUGUUACUUGGGAGAAGGAGGUGCCUGAAAUCAAGUACAGAGGAGUGUUUUGCUUUCCAAAACAUUUACUGAUCAUGAAGGCAAAGAAGGCCAACGUAUAUCAUCUAAAGUCACUCUUACGGUUGGAUCAAUAUGAGCUGAAGCGAGUGUCGGAUCGAGAAGCCAUUGUACCAUAUUCCUUCCGAUUGCAGCAUAUCGAUCUCCCGAUGAGAGUUGACUUUGGAGCAUCAUCGGAACGUGAACGGUCUGCAUGGAUGAGCACUUUACAAAACUUGUGCAGUGCAUCAUACCUUGGUAUAAAGGCAACUCAUCACUCUCCAAUAUUUUAUCGACGUCGUACUCGAUCUAAUGGAACUGAAGAAGUACCAUCGUCAGAAGGUACAGAUUAUGAAGAUGAUGGUAUAGUAAUUAUGGAACGAACACCGUCAUCACAGUCAUUAGCAUCUAUAAAUAAUGGCUCUUCGGAACGGUCAUCUCCGUUACCACCAACGCCAGGCUCUCCAGCCAUGUAUCCAACAAUCGAUACAGGAGGAGUAUUUGGCAGUACCAUUAUGAGAGAGCCCAACAGACGCUUCUGGAGAACAGGGUCUGUUCAUCUCGCUGAUGCCCAACAACUAGCUGUAUUUAAUCGUCGAGCUUCGGUAGAUUUGAAGUUGUCGGAUGUCAUAACCACCUAUGCUGCAGAUUCGACUGCCAGUAAUAAUAAUAACAGUAACAGUAAUCCUAAUAGUCCGCAACACCAAUACCCACCCACUCCAAUACCACGAACACGCUCAUUUGGUAGAAUCAAUGUCCACAGCAUGCCAGAUUUGAAGGCAUUUGACGAUCUGCCCGAGCUACUUCCAAUAACAGCUCUAGCACCAAUAGUGGAGCCUCCAAUAAUAUCGUCUCAUGAUCAAAUCGAUCUACCACUAGUACCACCACCCAAACCAAUACGAAUACAUUCCAAAUCAUCAACAAUGUCACUCCGAAACGAUUCAACAAGUAGUAGUAAUAAUAAUAAUAGUAGUGCGUCAUCAUUGACUCGAGGAGAAGGAUUGCGACGAAGCAAUACAUUUACACGGAAUUCUUUUAUUGAAGCUGGAUCAACUUCAACAAUUGGAUUUCUACGGACUAUGAGUAUGAUUGCUCCUCGUCAGCAGUCGUCUCAUGCCACCAUAUCAGAGUACGACUCGAGUGAAGAUAACAGCCAUGGUAUAUUAAGGAUACGAAACUUUUGGAGACCUCAUAUGAGAAAUAAUACGUAG